CUUCAUUAAAGAUGGCUCCUGUUUGGAAUUUUAGAAGAAAACCUAAAAAUAUUUUAUAUUCUUGUCAACUGAUUAUAUUGAUAUUAUCGGUAUUGAUAUAUAUCUGUCAUACAUCAGAAGAUGGAAUAAGUUAUUCUAAAAUAUUUUAUGUGGUUGGAAACUCUUUGAGAUUUAGUUUGAACUGUUCUAUAGUAUGUCAUCUGAUAGUAUUAGUUCUGACACUUGCCUAUACUCGCAUUACUUCAACAUUGGUGGAGUUUACUAUGAAUUGUAUUAAUGUAUUGUUAAUGAUAAUCAGCUCUAUAUUGUUAUGUGUUUCUAUCAAUCAGAUGUCAACAGUAUCAGCUAUACAGGAAGUUAAUCUAACAUUUCAGUAUUAUGAUGUUAAUAUAGCAUUUACUUUUAUGUGUAUGAUACUCCUUUGUGGAACAACAUGGUAUUCAUUUUUUGAAAUUAAAAAGAAGAGAUUGUUUGAUUUACCUAUAAAUGUUUCUCAUUCCAAUACUGAUUUACCAAGUGAUAUUCCUACCUGA